GCAAAUAGUGCGAUGUGUGUGUUCGGGAAUGUGUAUUAGUGGACGUGGAGGCAGAUCAGUGUGUGUGUGCCGGCUCCCUGACGCCGGAACGAGGAACGGACAGCCCCAGGACUCGACAUGACGCCCCGAUGCCCCUGCUAGUCUCUAACUCCGGUCGGUUGGCAGAGCGACUGAGCAAGUAUGAAUGAGUUGGACAGUCUUAGGACAGAAGCAGAAACCCUUAAAAAUGCCAUCCGAGAUGCUAGAAAGGCGGCGUGUGACACGAGUCUGGUCACAGCCACCGGAAACAUGGAACCAAUUGGCCGAAUUCAAAUGCGAACUAGACGCACAUUGCGAGGUCACCUUGCAAAAAUAUAUGCAAUGCAUUGGGGCUCCGAUUCAAGGAAUUUAGUUUCUGCUUCACAAGAUGGUAAGCUCAUAGUUUGGGACAGUUAUACAACAAAUAAAGUACAUGCAAUCCCUUUGCGGUCUAGUUGGGUGAUGACAUGUGCCUAUGCACCCUCAGGCAGUUACGUAGCUUGUGGAGGCUUGGAUAAUAUUUGCUCUAUUUACAGUCUGAAAACGCGUGAAGGAACAGUGCGGGUUAGUCGAGAACUGCCUGGUCAUACAGGAUACCUAUCAUGUUGUCGAUUUUUGAACGAUGACCAAAUAGUGACAAGUAGCGGCGACAUGUCAUGUGCAUUGUGGGAUAUAGAAACCGGACAACAGUGCACUUCAUUCAUCGGCCACACUGGUGAUGUCAUGUCACUCUCCUUAGCCCCCGACAUGCAUACUUUUGUCUCAGGUGCUUGUGACGCUUCUGCAAAGCUUUGGGAUAUUAGAGAAGGAACUUGCAAGCAAACGUUCCCUGGUCAUGAGUCAGAUAUCAAUGCAGUCACGUUUUUCCCCAAUGGUUGGGCGUUUGCUACUGGAUCAGAUGAUGCAACAUGCAGACUUUUUGACAUCCGCUCAGACCAAGAAUUGGCCAUGUAUUCUCACGAUAACAUUAUUUGUGGUAUAACUUCUGUUGCUUUCUCAAAGUCUGGCCGCCUCCUACUAGCUGGCUAUGAUGAUUUUAAUUGUAAUGUUUGGGAUUCUAUGAAAACAGAGAGAGCAGGAAUUUUAGCUGGACAUGACAAUCGUGUAAGUUGUCUAGGAGUUACGGAGGAUGGAAUGGCUGUUGCAACUGGCUCAUGGGAUAGUUUUCUACGAAUUUGGAAUUAGGAAUUCAAAUCUUGAGACUUUUCUUGUAAUGAAAUCGCUAGUAUUAUCAAUUUUCUGGCAGAGCUCUUAUCCUUUUUAAAAUGGCCAAGUUGAAUUUACUUCUCACUCACUGAUUUUUUAUACUUUUCAAUGAUACGAUUCCACUCCUUUCUCUCGUCAGACUUAUUUUAUGUAAUCGUGCAAUUUUGACUUGUAUUUAAACCAAUUUACAAAAGUCUAAAGUAAAAUUUAGCUCUCGAAACAAAAGAUUGAAACAUUUUUUUCUUUUUUACUACUAAAUAAUUCAAUUUUCUCUAGUUAUUUUUAAGCACUAUCUAUUCAGUACUGAUAAUUGAUUUUAUUGAUUGAAGUAAGUAUGUAAGUAAGUUAGUAAGUCAGUAAAGUAAGUGAAGUCGUUUUUAUCACUGUUAAUAUUUUCGCAGCUACUUUCCCUCUAAUGAUCUUUUUCAGCAAAUACAUUUCCCCUCAGUCCUAUUUUUCUUAAAUUUGCCCCCCCCCCCAAUUAAUUUAUUUCAUCUCAACAUAUUAUUAUUUUUUUCAAUUGUCAUUUGUUUCCAUCAGCUGAUUUUCUUUUACCCAGAAUGUUGCAAUGCACGAAAAAGAAAAAAAUGGAUCAAAUCAACCAAAAUCCUGAUCGGGAUACAUAAUCUGGUCAGAAUAUCUUCAAUCAAGUAUUGCCUAACCAAGGGAAGAAGAAAAUAGGUUACUCCACCUGCCAUUGGAAGUGGGCCCCUAAUGAAGUCUCUUAAUUUUUUUCAGGGAUUGGGUCUGGCCAUAACCAUACUGCUGUUACACAGGGGCCAGGUAUAAAAACUUGACCAUAUUUGGGCGUCCCAGACAAUAUUGGGCGCUCUUCAAUGCUUGGAAAAUGAGAAAUUUUCAUUGAGGGCCCAGUUCAAAUGACAAAUGGAACAAGAUCUUUGAUCGGCUCUUCAAGUUUUUCUCCCACCCCUCUCUCUCAGUGAGGCAUGUCAAAAUUUAACAAAAAUUUGUGUGAUUUUUUCUUUUCUCACUACAUCCAAAGUUGAUACUUGAGAAGGAAAUUUUCACUUCAAAAAUUUGGGAGUGCGAUUUAUUUUUCUUAGACAAGCAGAUUCUUGUUAAUACAUAGUUUAAUCAUCCAACUUGUCUGUUGUGCUCUUUUUAAUGCAUUUUUGCGUGUGAAUUCAUCCUGUAUUUAAUCCUCAUGGCGAGAAUAAGUGACUUCUGCUCUGCUUUUCAUGUAUUUUUGGUUUUACGUUUUGCCAACUGAAAUAUUCGCAAAAAAAAUUACACAAUCAAAGUUUAAGGCGAGAAGUCUUGAUUUAGAAUGUUAAGAGUCUGUAGUUAAAUCAUGCUUUUUCCUACUCGAUUUUUUUAAAAUAGUCACAUCCAUUAUGUAGAAGUGUAAUUUUUCUAUCUUUUUAUGAAAAGUGAAACUCGAACUGAAAUUCAUUUCGCACAAUUAAUUUAAGUUGAGUUUUACUCUCAAGCAUUUUUUUCUGCAUUAUGCACAUAUUUUAUCUCCUGUAAAUCUCAAUGAAGAUGGAACGCAUCAACCUUUUAAGGAGGGAGAAGAACUUCCAUUUCGAUGGCCAGUAUAAUAUGUAAUCAUAAUCUUAGUUCACUCCUGACCUGUGGAAUUAAAAGUUUGAAUCAGCUCUAUUUAAUGUAUAGUCAAAGAUUUUUUCAGUAAGCUUAUCAAAUUGAAAAUCUUCUGUAUUUUAACUCUCCUCUUGUGCUUCCUACCGAAGGAGGGUUGAGGAUUUUCAGAACUCAGAAUUGAUGCUGUCUCUAUCUUAUGAAGUUAUGAAUCACCUAACGUGUAGUUUUAAAGCAUUGAAGACUUGUUCGUUCUGAAACGUGAACUUUUUUGUAAUUACAAAGAAACUAUCUAUCACUUCUUGUUUUGUACCUAUUGUAAAGCCGGUGAGUGAGCUCAUCGCUUAGUUGUUCAAAAAAUUGUAUCUUGUUUUUCUCUUUGUUCCCAAGUUUUUAAGAAACCAAUGGGCGAGUUUGUUCUUGCAUAGCUACCAUUGCCAUCAUGUUCUUUGUUGCAGCCUAACAAAUAAGUUUACGAUUUUGUAAAUAAGCUUUUAGAUGUGUUCAUUGUUGUUGCAACGUAUCAAGCACAAGGAAUCAUAUGUUGUUCAUCCUAACUUACUUAUACUUGUAUAGACGUGUAGGUAAAAUUUGUACGUUAUUCAAGUUCUAGUGUGCCCAAAAAGUCCAGUUGCUCUUUCAAAGGAGAAUACUCUCAGAAUUCGGAGUCUUGAACUCAGCUAUGGACUAGUGUUGUAUUUAAGUAUGCAGCUGUUGACUAAAAAUAUUUGGAAGAAAAUCCCAAGAGGUGACCAGACAAGACUCUGUUCGAUCAAAACACCCUCAAUGUUUUAGGUGCUGCAUUGCAAAAUCAAACUCGCUCAGUGUAAAUCAUGCAGUCUCAAAAUAUUCCUUGUAAAUUAAUAUAUUUUCAAAAAUCUUUAAUCGGUGUCUACAAGGUUUGGAACCAGAUCAUCAAUUGUCAUCUUUUUAUUAAAAAUUCAAAAACUUUGCAACAGACGUACACAGUUUCUCGAAUUAUUCUUAAUUUAACAUGUUCGUAUCUGUGGAAACCAGACAUGUUAGUCGACUAGAAUCUAUAAAUUUCUAAUGAUAGACAUUCAUCCAAA